AUGGCAUCAGAAGCGGAAGGAGAGGAAACGUUCCAGCGGUUUGCUGUCUUUGGAGAAUCGUCAAGCAGUGGCACUGAAAUGAACAACAAGAACUUCUCCAAGUUGUGCAAAGACUGUGGCAUCAUGGACGGCAAGAUGGUCACCUCCACUGAUGGUGGAAUUGUGUUCAGCAAGGCCAAGAAUGCCCGAACCAUCACCUUCCAGCAGUUCCAGGAGGCAAUGAAGGAACUGGGCCAGAAGCGAUUCAAGGGGAAGAGCCCAGAUGAAGCCUUGGAGAACAUUUAUAAACUCAUGGAGGGCAAGGACCCAGCUACCACCGGUGUUACUAAAGCAACGACCGUGGGCGGGGUGAGCCGGCUGACGGACACCAGCAAGUACACUGGCACCCACAAGGAGCGCUUUGAUGAGAGUGGCAAAGAAGGCAUUGCAGGACGGGAAGACGUGACAGACAACUCUGGCUAUGUGAGUGGCUACAAGGGUGCUGGCACCUAUGAUAAGAAGGGCAGCACCUAGGGAGUAGGCUCACCUUAGCCUGCCAGCCCUUGACCUUGCAUCUUUAACACCAGGGAG